AUGGCACUCACAGGAGACUAUUUACAAUCCACCUCACCAAUAAAUUGGACUCUUGACGACUUCGCAGAUUGGAUCGCUAUCAAUCAUUCUGACGACAAGAAAAAAAUAAUCACUUACAUGAAAAGUGGUCUCAAUAAUUACAGCAAGAAUGUUUCUAACGUAAACGUAAAGAAGAAGGCAGACGAUUUGCUUAAUAGAUUAAAGACAUUAAAGGAUAAGAAGAAAAUAGCUGAGUUACAAAGUGAACAAGAAGUGCGAUUGGCUGAUAUUGAAUGUUCAUCGGUCCGACAGAUGCAAAAUCACACAAAUGCAGCAGUAACAAUUCAUAAACAAAUUGCUGAAAAAUUCGUAGGAAUGGCUCAGAAAAUUUCGACAGAAACAUGUGCACAAAUCAGAACUGUCACCUUUAGUGACGAAAUCCCCAGGCCCACAGAAGAUGAAAAUGAAUCGGAAGAGGAAUUUGAAUCUGAGGAAGCUGAACAUGAGGGACCUGAACAUGAGGAAUCUGAAUCCGAAGAGUCGGACGAUGUUUAUCUUAAAACUCAGAAUAAGAAGGAGAGAAAGUCGGGGCCAUUCAAGCUGAGCGAUGCAGGACGAACAGAGAUUGAGAUUGCUUAUACGAAGAUGAAGCACAGCAACAUGUGGAAAUUAUCAAGUGGAAAGUUUGUAGAAGAAGAGCUUUAUAAUAUCGGGAAGCAACUGGAAUUCGAACAUUCUAUUCAUUCUUUUAUAAUAGACACUGACGAUGAAAUAAUCAAAGAGCACUUCAGUGAACAUGAACUAGAGAAAAUAGAUGAUGCGCCAGUUCCAGAGGUUCCAGACCUUCCCCAUAACGUAAUUGAAUACUUAAAUAAGUUUAUAAACGUAACCAGUACAAAGGAAGCACGUUCUCUAAUUAAUGAGCACGAUAAUAGAUUCAACGCAAGUUACGAUCCCUCCAUCCACCAUGAUCUAGACUACAUUCGAUUCGCACUUUAUGCAUUAACCAGAGAAAUUGAGAAUGGCGGACUUACACAACCGAAUCUAGAAUCAUGGUAUAAUUGCUACAUUUGGCAUGCAAUUGUUGACCAAGGCUUUGCAGAUAUUAAGGGAACGUCAGUUGUUAGAGGAGAAAGUACAUGUAUCGCAACUGCGACCAGAAAAAAUAGAAAGAGAAAGAAUACACAAAGGCGUAAAAUGGGACGGCAAGGGGACUGGAUAUUAAGAUUAACUGGGAAUGGUGACCAUGAUGAAUAUGGGAUGGGUGAAGUGGAAAAACAUUGGGAGGAUGAAUUUGGAACGAAAUCUUUGAGUGAAACAUCCCUAAAGCAACCUAAGGCCCUAAAGGAUAUGUUAGUCAAACUCAUGAAAAAAACCGAUUGGGAAUUACGUUCAAAACUGCAAACUGUCAGAAUAACUCAUUCGGGUUUAAUGAUGACAAUAAUGUAUAUGAACAACCCACAUGGGUAUGUGUGUAGAAUUCGUCGUGGAGAGAUACUGGAAGUCCCGGAUAAAGAAGAGAAUUUAUCAGCAGUAUUGGUUAUACUGGCUGCAGUAUUAAACAUUAAGAUUGCUGUACAAGAAACCAUCAAAGCUGUGCAACAGAAGGGUCAAAAUGAUGAAAUUUUCAAACAAGCAGGGCGGAAAAGGCGAUCACGAAAUUCUGACGAAAUUUCAGCAUGCUUUACCACACCCAAAAAAAUAAAACAAUAA